CUUCUUUCUGGUUAUUUAUUUUUAUUAUUAUUAUUAUUUUUGUUCAUAUUUGGGUGGCUAUUAAUUAUUCUACUUCAUUGGUAUUAUCAAGAUUUAUAAUAUUUACUUCACCAAAAACCAAACCCAGGAUUUUGUUUCUCUCAGAAUUUUGUUUAUUCUCUCUUCAUCUCUUCUCUCUUUCAUGCAUAUUUAAAAAAAAAAAAAAAAAAAAAAAAAAAAAAAGUGUCUGAAAAUUGUCUCUUGGGUGAGUGCCAAAUUCAACACAGAUUCAAAUUCAAGAGCUUUGGUGAGUUUUAAGUAAGUUUAUGCAGAAAAUGAUCAAAAGAGACGACUUUUUAGGGAUGAUAAAAAGUUUGUUGUUUCAACAACAAGCUCAAGCUAUGGAGGAAAAUUUGUCCAAUUUAACUUCGGCUUCUGGUGAAGCUAGUGCCUGCUCCGGCAACCAUUCCGAUCAGAUUCCGACCAACUACUCCGGCCAGUAUUUUGCUACUACCCAACCACCACCACCAAAAAAGAAGAGAAACCUCCCCGGAAAUCCAGACCCAGAUGCAGAAGUGAUAGCUUUAUCGCCGAAGACGCUUAUGGCGACGAAUAGAUUCGUAUGCGAGAUCUGUGGUAAGGGAUUUCAGAGAGAUCAGAAUCUUCAGCUUCAUAGAAGAGGGCAUAAUCUUCCAUGGAAGUUAAAGCAAAGAACAAACAAAGAGGUAAUAAGGAAGAAAGUUUAUGUGUGCCCAGAAACAAGUUGUGUUCAUCAUGACCCAUCAAGGGCAUUAGGGGACUUGACAGGAAUCAAAAAGCACUUUUGUAGAAAACAUGGUGAGAAGAAAUGGAAAUGUGAUAAGUGCUCUAAGAAGUAUGCAGUUCAAUCAGAUUGGAAAGCUCAUUCCAAGACUUGUGGCACUAGAGAGUACAGAUGUGACUGUGGAACCCUUUUCUCAAGGAGGGAUAGUUUCAUCACGCAUAGAGCUUUUUGUGAUGCUUUAGCAGAGGAAAGUGCAAGAGCCAUUACAUCAAACCCAAUACUAAUGACCAAUAAUAUUAAUACUAAUCAAAACCACCUUCUUCCUCCACUUUCUUCCACUCCCAAUAUCUCUCACUUAAACUUCCAAAUUACACAACAAACCCAUUUCAAUAGUCCUCCCUUAGAUAAUAGUCAUCAUAUCAACUCAUUUAAUUCUCUCAAGAAAGAACAAAAUAUUAAUAUUCCCCCAUGGUUAGGCUUUCCCAAUUCAACCUCAAAUGAUCAUAACAACAAUCAUCAUCAAAUUAUAAACCCUAAUCAUAAUAAUCUUGGUCCCACUUCUCUUCAUCUAAUCCAAAGUGCUUCCCCUUCUUCUCCUCACAUGUCAGCCACAGCACUUCUUCAGAAAGCAGCUCAAAUGGGAGCUACCAUGAGUAGUAAUACUGAGCCACCACACACAAUCACUCCUCAACAACAUAAUGAUAAUAAUAAUAAUAAUAAUACAAAUUGUAAUUUUGGCCUUGACUUGUCCUCCGCCUCCUCCUCCUCACGUGACAUUCAUCAACAACAGAAUCAGACUUUGAUGAUGAUGGGCAGUACGAGUAAUUGUAGUAGUACCACUGAAGCUGCAGGGCUUUCUCAUGCACUGCCAUUCUACAGGAAUAAAACCAAUUUUGAAGGAGGGGCUUCUUUUGAAUUAGAGCAAUUUGGAGGGGUUUUCAAGAAAAAUAUUGAUCAUCAAGCAGGGCUGAGUACAAGAGAUUUCUUGGGGUUGAGAGCUAUUUCUCAUACUGAGUUUUUGAGUAAUAUUGCAGCUGCUGGUUAUAGUAAUUGCAUCAAUAAUAAUAAUAAUAAUAAUGUUGCUGCUCAAACUCCUCAACAAACUCAAAUUCAAAAUCAAUCCACUUGGCAAGGUUAGAACAAAAUUCAAACUUCCUUUUUUCUUUUCUUUUUUAGAUUAUAUUAUUUUUUUUUACAAAGGGGGUCUUUUUUUCCCCUAAGGGGGAAGGACCACCAUUUCUUGAAUUAGGAAUUUUUGGAUCAUAAUAUUCUAUAUGUUUUUGUAUUUAUGGAUAUAUAUAUAUAUUUCAAUGUAUAAUACUUAGUGGAUUCCUUGGUAUGAAUGAAAUUAUAAAGUUAAACCCAUGUUUGGAA